AUGGCGGGGCGGAAGGAGAUGGAGGCCAAGGGCGAGGAGGAGCUGGGGGAGGUGAGACGGCUUGAGGGAGGAGGACACUUGUGGAAGGCGUCGCUCGUGCUCUUGGAGUUCCUCGACAAGAAGGAGAAGGGCAACUUCAAAGGAAAGAAGCUCCUCGAGCUGGGAGCAGGUGAGGGUGUUCUGGCGGAGGCCUUAAGCAAGAUGGGUGCGAAGGUUACAGCAACAGAGCGAGGAGGAGGGGGAGGCUGCCUGGACAGGUUGAAGAUGAAGGCGGACAUGGCAUGCGCGGCAGGACUGAGCAUGAAGGCUGUGGAACUGGAGUGGGGGGAGAGAGGAUGGGAGUUAUCUGAGCUCAAAAGCCAUGUAGAGACAUUCGACUAUGUCAUCUUGUCUGAACUCUUCUAUGAUCAAGAGAGUCACGAGGACCUCCUCUGGACUCUGUUGAGGGUGACGGUUCCGGGGAGCAUCGUUUACAGCGUUUUCUGCGACAGACCAUUCUCCUUCAUGUUUUUCGCACUUUUGCAUGACACGGGUGAGUUUGACGUUGAGGAGAUCCCAGAGGCUGAGGUGGACAAACUUGGCAUGAGUGAAGAGGCUCAGAUUCAUCUGCACAAGAUCGUCCGCAGGUGA